GCACGCCCUUCUCCACACGCCAGCCUUUGGUCAAGACUCGCUCGGCCUUAUUAGUGCUGCCCUCUGCUGGCCCUCAGUGUGCCCUCCCCCCCCAAAGCCCUCUCUGUCACGCCACGCCACCCCGACAACACUCGACUUCGCCCGUCCUCUCCACGCCUCUGCCAAGUAUGAGCGAGGUGCAAAACCCCGUCCCAGCGGCGGCCUCGACGCCCCAGCAGCAGCCCCAGGGCACGCCCAUCCAGCAGAAUGCUCCCACGCCUGCCUCUGUCGCCGGCGCCGGCGCCGGCGACCAGCUCGUCUGCCAGUGGCAGAACUGCGGCGACCGCCUGCCCUCUGCCGAGCAGCUCUAUGACCACGUCUGUGAGCGCCAUGUUGGCCGCAAGAGCACAAACAACCUCAACCUGACGUGCCAGUGGGGUAACUGCCGCACCACGACGGUCAAGCGCGACCACAUCACUUCGCACAUCCGCGUUCACGUGCCCCUCAAGCCGCACAAGUGCGACUUCUGCGGCAAGGCCUUCAAGCGCCCCCAGGAUCUCAAGAAGCACGUCAAGACGCACGCCGACGACUCUGUUCUGCUGCGCUCGCCAGAGCCCAACCGCGGCGGCGCCCACGGAGCCCAAGGCUACCCCGGCCAAAACGGGAAACUGGUCGCUGACUUGCAGGCCCUUGCCGCUACAGCGAGUGGAUAUCAGUAUCCCGACAGCGCAAUUGGCCCCAAUGCAGGCUACGGCCAACAGCACCCCGGCGGUGCCCCAGCCGGCUUCUACGGAGGCCCGCCCCAAAACUCUGCCUAUGGCCCCGUCUACUAUGCUGUAAACCAGUCGCAGCAGCUCAACAACGACUACGAAAUCAGGAAGCGCGCCGCCUACGAUGCGCUCAACGAGUUUUUUGGAGACGCCAAGCGCCGCGCAAUCGACCCCACGACCUACUAUGACGUUGGCCAGCGACUCAUGGGUCUUCAGGGUGUCCAACUUCCUGUUCUCGGUGGCGGCGGCUACCAGGGCGGCAUGGGCGAGUACGGCGGCCACGGAGGCACCAUGGUUGCCCAAGCGCAGCACCCUCCCAUGCACCACCCCUACUCUCUGCCACUGCCCAACCUGAGGACCAAGAGCGAUCUUCUGAACAUUGAUCAGUUCUUGGAGCAGCUGCAGAGCACCGUCUAUGAGAACCCCAACCACGCGGCCGCGGCCGGUGUGGCGCACCCCGGCCACUACAUCCACACGGGCGCCAGCUACCGCGCUAGCAACUCGCCGCCCGGCCUGUCUUCUAGCCACUCUCAAACUUCUCACGCCACUGCCAUCGGCUCCACUACCGCUGAGACUCCGGCUCUGACUCCCGCAUCGAGCGUUUUGUCGUACGGCUCACAGCACUCGCCCGGCCCGUCGCACUCCGGAAGCGGCGUCUCUCCCACAUCAAGAGGAUCCAUCGGCAGCAUGUACCCCACUCUCCCCUCGGUCAGCGCCAUGUCAGACAUGUCUUCUGCAGCUCCGUCAUCGGGUCUUGCCCCCGCUUUCGACUCCGACAACCGGCGACGAUUCUCGGGUAAUCUCCUGCAAAAGGCUGCUCCAGACCGGUCCGAGAGCAACUCAAUGGACACUUCGAGUGAUGGCGCUUCUCCCAAGGAGCCGCAAGAUGCUGACCAAGAUACUCUCCACCACAACGUCAACCAGCUGGCUCUGCACUCGCCCAAGGUUGACCCUGCUCUUCGCUCACCAAGCGUGUCCUCGUCUACUACCGAGCAAGGCGACUCAUCCCAGCAAUCUUGGGUUGAGAACAUUCGCGUGAUUGAGAGACUCCGUGCUUACCUCAAGGAACGACUAGAGGCGCACGACUUCACCGACGAUGACGAUGAAGAAGACGAGAAGCACGACUCGGAGCGCCGCAUGAGCGACGACGAUGCUCAUAACCUAUAUCCUGUCCUGCGCGCUGUGCAAGAGGGACGAGAAUAGACUUGGCGAAACAUGGACAAGUUCAUGAUGGUUUGUGGAGUUUAGGUUGGGAGAUUGGCGUCAAGGCGUUCGCCAGGAUCACCAAGGAGGUGGCAUGAUAGUCCUAGGUUAUUUUGUUGAUACAGCGAUGCCUUACUUCUGUUCGCUUUUUCGAUCACUACUCGGGAAAAUGCCUCUUACGACCUGCUUGUUCAGUCAGCACGUUUUUUUCUUUUUCUCCCAAGACACACUGUGUAAAUUUUAUGAUUUUCAACUCUUCAUUCUUGAAUAUCU